AUGUUCUCCCUCAAGACGGCCCUCGCGGCCCUUCUUCUGGCCUCACCCUUGGCACAAGCACGCCCGCGCUGUCCCACCAGAGACGAGAGGGAAUGGGUGACCGUCUGGGGCACGAUGCCUCAACUCACCGAGCCAGCUAACCUCCCUCCCGCGCCCUUCAACGAAACAGGCCGCGUCUUCAACGACGCAUCCCUCCGCCAGACAGUCAAACUCUCCCUCCCGUCCUCGACCCUCCGCCUACAGAUCAGCAACGCCUUCGGCGCCUCCGACCUCCCCAUCACGGCCGUCACAAUCGCCCGCACCGCAAACAACACCGCCGGCACAAGCGCAAUCGACCCAGACUCCCUCCAGGUCGUCACCUUCUCCGGCGGCGGCGCCUUCACCGUCCCCAACGGCGCCGUCCUCUUCUCCGACCCCAUCGACCUCGCAGCCGACGCCCAGUCCGUCGUCUCCGUCACCAUAUACCUCGCCAACGGCCAGUCCACAAACAGCAUCACGGGCCACCCCGGCAGCCGGACCACCUCGUUCCUCGUCAACGGCAACCACGUCGCCGACCAGGACCUGGCCGACGCCACCACCACCGACCACUGGUACCUCAUCAGCGCCAUCGAGUCCUACGUCCCCAAGGGCUCCUCCGCCGUCGCCAUCGUGGGCGACUCCAUCAGCGACGGCCGCGGCUCGACCACGAACGCGAACAACCGCUGGCCCGACCGCCUCCUCGCACGCCUCCAGAACACGUCCUCCACGCAGGACGUCGCCAUCGUGAACCAGGCCGCGGGGGGGAACAGGGUCCUCGCGGACGGCCUGGGCCCCAACGCCCUCGGCCGCGUCGACCGCGACGUCAUCGCCCACACGGGGGUCCGCUACGCGGUCGUCUUCAUCGGCGUCAACGACAUCGGCACCGCCGCGACGGACGCCGCGACGCAGAAGGCCGUCGGCGACAGGCUCGUGGCCGCGUACGACCAGAUCGUCACGCGGCUGCACCGCUUCGGGAUCGCCGUGUUCGGGGCCACGAUCACGCCGCUGACGGGCGAGGGGCAGGCGUACUCGGACCCGGAGAGGGAGAGGACGCGGCAGCGGGUGAACGCGUGGAUUCGGGAGGGCGGGCGGUUCGACGCCGUGUUCGAUUUCGACGAGAUGGUCAGGGACCCCGCGGCGCCGGAGAGGUUGAGGGUGGAGUUUGAUACGGGGGAUCACCUGCAUCUCAACCCGGCCGGGUAUGAGGCCAUGGCUGCCGGGAUCGAUCUGGGUGUUUUUGAGAGGUUUAGGGAGGGGGUCUGGGGGUUGACGUGA